UCCCAACGAAAUAUCGCCGGAAGAGGCGUUCCCGACUUCCGUUCGAAGGGCGAGUGUGGCUGGCGCAGGAGGGGAGGCGAGGCGGCCGCCAUGGGCCCGGCGCUGCUGCACGUGUUGUUCGAGCACGCGGCCGGCUACGGGCUGUUCGCGCUGCGGCAGGCGGAGGAGGUGGGGCUGCUGCUGGUGCCGCAGGUGGAGGCGAGCGCGCGCGACCUGGGCCCCUUCCUCGCCCUCGUGCGCCUCGUCGCCUUCGCCCCCUUCCGCUCCGCCCAGGCCGCCCUCGACAACCUCCACGCCGUCUCCGAAGGGCUGCUGCACGAGGACCUGCGGCUGCUGCUGGAGACGCACCUGCCGGCCAAGAGGAAGAAGGCGCUGCUGGGCGUCAGCGAUGCCAAGCUGGGCGCCGCCAUCCAGGAGGAGCUCGGCUGCCCCUGCCAGACCGGCGGCGUCGUCGCCGAGAUCACCCGCGGGAUCCGCCUGCAUUUCUGCCACCUGGUGAAGGGCCUGACGGCCCAGUCCGCCUCCAAGGCCCAGCUGGGACUGGGGCACAGCUACUCCCGGGCCAAGGUCAAGUUCAAUGUCAACCGGGUGGACAACAUGAUCAUCCAGUCCAUCAGCCUCCUGGAUCAGCUGGACAAGGACAUCAACACCUUCUCCAUGCGCGUCAGAGAGUGGUACGGGUAUCACUUUCCAGAGCUGAUCAAGAUCGUGGGCGAGAACUACACUUACUGCCGCCUGGCCAAGCUCAUCAGGAACCGGAAGGAACUGAGCGAAGACAGCCUGGAGGAGCUGGAGGAGGUCGUCAUGGACAGUGCAAAAGCGCAGGCAAUUCUGGACGCUUCCCGCUCAUCCAUGGGGAUGGACAUCUCUCCCAUUGACCUGAUCAACAUUGAAAGGUUUUCCAGCCGAGUCAUCUCGCUCUCUGAAUACCGCAAAGGCCUGCAGGAGUAUCUUCGCUCCAAGAUGAGCCAAGUAGCCCCCAGCCUGUCAGCCCUCAUUGGCGAAGUGGUGGGUGCCCGCCUGAUCUCCCAUGCUGGCAGCCUAACUAAUCUGGCCAAGUACCCAGCCUCAACGGUGCAGAUCCUGGGGGCAGAGAAGGCCCUCUUCAGGGCAUUGAAGACUCGGGGCAACACGCCCAAGUACGGCUUGAUCUUCCACUCCACUUUCAUUGGGCGAGCAGCCGCCAAGAACAAGGGCCGCAUCUCCCGCUACUUGGCCAAUAAGUGCACCAUUGCGUCCCGGAUCGAUUGCUUCUCAGAGGUCCCGACCAGCGUCUUCGGAGACAAACUGCGGGAGCAGGUCGAGGAGCGUCUGGCUUUCUACGAGACAGGGGAGCCCCCCCGCAAGAACCUGGACGUCAUGAAGGAGGCUGUGGUGGAGGCCUCAGAGGCGGCAGCAGAGAUCAAAAAGCGGCUGGAGAAGAAAGAGAAGAAGAAACGGAAGCGGGAGAAGAAGCGCCUGGAGGCUCUGGCGGCGGCGGCUGCAGUAGAGGAGACCAUGGCAGAGGAGAACGAGACAGAACCCAAAAAGAGGAAGAAAAAGAGAGCGGAGGAGGCAGAGGCGGAGCUGAUUGAGAAUGGCCUGGAGCCAGAAGUUGUGCCCAAGAAGAAGAAGAAGUCGCUGCCCCCUGCUGUGGAGACCCCGGACAAGAAGAAGAAGAAGAAAAAGGCACGGCUGGAGCAGGAGAGUGAUGAUGUGGACUAGCGAGAGAGGAAGAGACUCAAGAGCCGCCCCCUCCCCACCUUCAAUGGAUGGGGUUUGGGGUGGGGACAUAACUGCUUCCCCCGGCAUUUUCCAAACAGGAGAGAAUGUAGCCCAGGUUGGACCUGCUUUGCCCAAAUGACUGGUCUGAAGGCCGCCCUGGCCGUGGCUUGCAAGCUUUUGGCGCCCACACCGUACUCCACUGGAGCAGAAGUGCAGGGCAGCCGGGGGGAGGGGCGGGGAGAGAGCUGGGCCUGCCUUAUUGUGCUGAACUUUGGGGAGCAGCUGUGCAAAGCAGAACAUUUCGUUUUCCAAUAAAGCAUAUUGUUUCUAA